AUGAAGCAAUACAUGCCCAUGAAACCAAAAAUAAAGAGGAUUCAAGAUGUGGUCAUUGGCAGACUCCCAUACAGGCCACGUGACAGAACUUUGGGGAAACAUGUCGUUCUAUCACUUGCCGGCGGAGCCAUUCCAGUCAGUUCGCAGUUGUUUUUUGAAAACGUUUUUACGUCAACAAAACUGCUUCAGGAACUUUGCAACAGGGACAUUCUUGCCUGUGGAACAUUCCGCACAAACAAGGACCUUCCGUUUGAGUUCAAGGUCGACAACAAACUCGAAAGGGGCUCCUACCUUUGGCGAAGAAAAGGGGACAUUGUCGGAUACCAAUGGAGGGACUCAAAAAACGUGCACAUCAUGUCAAACUACCAUGAUCCUGAGAGCCAACUCGAAGUCCAGCGAACACUGCCAAAUGGCAAAAAGAAGGCAGUGGAGUGCCCCACAGUAGUAAAAGAUUAUAACAACUGGAUGGGCGGAGUUGAUAAAUUCGACCAGAAACGCAACACAUAUGUCGCAGACCGUCACUCGAAACGCUGGUGGACUAGGAUUUUUUACUUCAUUCUGAAUGCUGCUGUCGUCACCGCUUUCAUUCAGAUCAGCUGUUUGGAGCCAGUCGUGUGCCUGCACUUCACGCUGAAGCUUGGACACCAGCUGAUCGCGCACAGCUUCCGGAAAUGAAGGACAAGCCUAGUCACCCACCACAACAAACGGGGCAAGAAGAAUGGCCAUGGGAUGACCGGUGUGCCUGAGGAGCUCCGGUUCACUGGUAAUGCACAUCACCCCAUCUUGACAGAAACGCAUCGGAGGUGCCGCUGGUGCUCGACAAAAGCCAAAGAGGCUCGCACUAAGUACAUGUGCAGUGUGGGCAAAGCUCCCCUCUGUGCAGUGUGUUUUGGACCCUUCCAUAGUGGAAUAUCCGACGUCGACUCAUCAAGCGAUGAUGAAACGGACACGAACAAUGAUGACACCAGCUUCAAGGCAAGGAGUAGAAGCUUGGAAGUAGAAGAAUCCCUCUCGGAAAACGAAGCCGAAUUGCCAAAGAACGCCGCCUCGUCGAAACAAGGUGACAAGUACAAAUGGAGAAAGACAAGUUUCGACCACGACUUCCGAGCUCCAGAACCGCAGUUUGAGCUUGCACCGGAAGAUCUCACUCCACUGCAGUAUUUUCAGAUGUAUUUUGGCGAUGAGUUCAUUGAGAAGGUGGUUUACGAGACAAAUCUGUAUUCCACUCAACAGACCGGAUGCUCAAUCAACACGAACGUUGCACAGUUAAGGUCCUUCAUCGGAAUUCUUCUUAUGAUGGGCGUCGUCGGGAUGCCUUCGUUUGAAGACUACUGGGCCAAUCAAACAAGAUGUGACAAGAUCGCCAAUGUGAUGCCUGUAAAACGGGUCAAGAAGCUCCGAAGGUUCAUCCAUUUUAUUGAUAACCUCCAGCCAGUUGAAACUGACUGA